AAUUUUAUUGAUCUGAUGGUUCGCCAGGGGAACAUUGAUAAUCCACCCAAAACACCACUUAUACCUGGAUUUGAAUGCUCUGGAAUUGUAGAAGCUGUAGGUGACAAUGUGAAAGGCUACGAGAUUGGAGACAGAGUCAUGGCUUUUACCAACUACAACGCCUGGGCUGAAGUUGUAUGCACACCUCUUGACUUUGUGUACAAAAUUCCUGAUGAUAUGAGCUUCACUGAAGCAGCUGCUUUUCCUAUGAACUUUGUAACUGCGUAUAUGAUGCUCUUUGAAGUUGCCAACUUGCGAGAAGGCAUGUCAGUGCUGGUUCAUUCUGCAGGAGGUGGAGUGGGACAAGCUGUUGCUCAACUCUGCUCAACGGUUCCCAACGUUACUGUCUUUGGAACGGCAUCUUCCUUCAAGCAUGAGGCCAUCAAAGAUUCUGUGACCUACCUGUUUGACCGAAACGUGGACUAUGUCCAAGAAGUUAAAAAGAUCUCUGCAGAUGGUGUAGACAUUGUCCUGGAUUGCCUUUGUGGUGAAAAUACCGGUAAAGGUCUCAGUCUACUGAAACCACUUGGGACUUACAUUUUAUAUGGCUCUUCAAACAUGGUUACUGGGGAAACCAAAAGUUUCUUCAGCUUUGCAAAAUCAUGGUGGCAAGUGGAGAAAGUGAAUCCUAUCAAACUCUACGAAGAAAACAAAGUCAUGGCUGGAUUUUCUCUGUUAAACCUGCUUUUCAAACAGGGCCGAAGUAGCCUAGUCACUAAAGUAAUGGACAAUCUCAUAAAACUUUACAAUGAGAGGAAGAUCAAACCAGUGGUUGAUUCACUGUGGGCACUGGAAGAGGUGAAGGAAGCAAUGCAAAGAAUCCAUGACAGAGGCAAUAUAGGAAAAUUAAUUCUGGAUGUGGAAAAGACGCCUACUCCUUUGAUGGCCAACGACAGCACAGAGACCAGCGAGGCUGCCGAAGAGGAAGAAGACCAUGAGGGGGAUAAUGAGAACAAAGAGUGUAUACCAUUCAUCCAACAGUAGCUGAAAAAGGUGGGAAUGAGAGCUGGAAGAAUUGAUAAAGCAGAAGAAGGAAAGACAACUGGGGAAACCCAUUUUGUGCACCAGUGAACAAAUGCUCUAGUACAGUGUGUGCUGUUUUGUUUUUCCUUUUGUCUGCAGUCAGCUGAGCUAUAAGGUGUUGGUCAUUGAUGUUUUGAACUGAAGUGCCAUUCUGACUUUCCCAGUAUUAUGACAUUCCAUCCUGUGGUCCCCAGUUUGCCUGUAAGAGUCUUGUUGAAUACCUAUCAAAAGCCUUAUUAUCAUCUACACUGAUAGGAGACACAAACUUCUUCCCAUGUUGGUUUCAGAAGCAAAUUUUCAAGCCACUUUGACAUGGUUGAGAGGGGUUGGUUUUGGAGGGGGGGAGAUGAGGUUCUGUGGACAGGGUAGUUGCAUAUAUACAGUAGUUGCAGACAUGCGUAGCCUCGAUUCCUAUCAGCAUUUUUCCUUCUAAAAGCAUGAGUGUGCAACUUGCAGCCCAGAGCAACCCCCUCACCUAUUACCAACUUUAUUUAGGUAAUUUUAAAUUAAAAUCAGUGGCUUGGUAAUAUGGGAGAAUGUGGAUGAACGGAAAUCAAGCUAUUACAAAUGUAUUUGGGGUCAAGAAAAUAGGAAAAAUAUUUAAUGCUUGCUAUCUCUUGGAUCACACUUACUUUCCUCUUGCUGUGCCCCUGUGAAAUGUUCAAACUGUUCCACCUAACCCACAAGCAAGCUUUGUAUUUACGUUUUAAAAUAAGUGGGAAAGUUUGUACAAACAGACCCUCUCUGUUGAUAAACUAAUACAAAGCCUUAAAGCAUCACACAGGCCAACUUUCUCCUUCAUGACAAAAUUAUAACCAUUAACCAGGCAAUGGUGUGAACAAGCCCAAUACCGACAACUCCAUGUGCCCGCAAAGCCCUGUUCCUAGUACAUAUUUGGAAAACUGCAUAUGACAUAGUAAUAAAUAUAGAUAUUCUCCUGUAUGGGGAGGAAAGAAUGAAAAUUUCUCUUUUGAAUCACAAACUAAGGCCACCAUGGGAGGUAAUUACCAAUGUUUCCUGUUCUUUAAAGAUCACACCAUCUUUGUAAACAAGCAACUCCUUCUCAUUUCUCAAGAAAAUACCUCAUUUGUACAAUAUUGUUUGGUACACAUAAAAAAGUCCUCAAGAGAUGCUAAGACACACUGAUUUGUGUAACUGUUAGUGUAUAAUAGUUGUUAUGGGAAUAGUAGUGCUCAAACUCCACUAAUUAAUUAAAAAAUGGAUUCACUGAAAAUAUUGCCCACAAAUGUUUAUAGCUGGUUUGUCUAAAUUAUAUUAUCUUACAAUGAAUAUCCUUUGGAAGGACUUUAUACCCUCAUAUCCUAAAAGUUCGUUUACCAUCUUUUUUGAGCAUUGUUAAGCAAAAACACACUCUUAAUGAUAUUUAAAGAUAGCUCAAGAGUAACUGUCUCUACUCAACACAUUUAAGGAAAUAUUAGUCUCUUAAUGCUAAAUCCAAAUGCUUCAUCCCAGUGCUGGUGUACAAUAAAACUGCCAUAUUAGACUGUGGUUUGCAGUCCAAACAAACUCAAAAGGAAUUUUAUAGCCAUUGGUUAAAAAAGUGGGGGGGGGAUCUCCCUUGCUCCCUCCUGCAUUGUUACUUUUUUCCUCCUCUCAAAUCUUCAGUUGUGUUCUUUUCCCCAAGUGGGAAAGCGGUAGGAGAAUAUCAACACUAGUUUGGGAUUGCAGCAGGUUUGAGACUUGACCCAGAGAUAGACCGGGAAACAAAUCCAUUCGAAUUAUCGAUUUGAUUUUGAAAAUUGAUCAGAUUUGAUGACAUGCAUUGACUCAGAAAACUGAUGUGAGUCAAUUCUGAUGUUCGGAUCCAACUGGCAAAUGGAUUCAAUUUUUUUGUAAUGUGCACAAAAACAUCCAGAUCAAUUCAAAAGCAUCCAAGAAGAUUUAAACAUCUGUCCAAUCUAUUUUAAAAAGUCAGUUUGCUUUCAGUAUUUGAUCGAAUCACCUUCGGAUAUAAUCUUCAGAUUGAAUAUUUGCACAGUAGUAAAAAUGAACAGCUUUGAUUCAGGCCCUGCUAUCUGAAUUUGGGAUUUCACUGGCAGCUUUCUUAUAGCCACACAACUCUUUAUAAGAGCCUUCUCAUAGUAAUCCACUGCCCUGCCAACAGACUUUACAUCCAUCAGUAAAAUAAUAUUCCUGCUGCAUCCUAAUUCUACCAGUAUCAGCCUUCUCCUACUAACCAGAUAUCUAUAGCUGUAGCCAUGAUGAUUAAUAGCCAUUUUCUUCCAUGGAUUGGUCUUAACACAGUUUUUGAAAGCCAUUUAAAUUGCAGCCAUUGCACAUUCAUGUACAAUUCCACUCUUGUGACUAAGACCCUUUUUGAAGGAAAUCAGUGUAGCUCUGCAGAAUGUCAUCUUUCCAAGAAGAAAGAAAAAGCAAAAAAUAGAGAGAUGGAAGAGAGGGACCGUGUCAAACAAGUGCCAAAAGGAUACCAUAAUUUUAGAUGUUUUUUGAUCAGCAGAAGCCAUUGCAAGCUUACCACUAUCAAAUCAAUCAGAUCAAACUUUAUUUUGGUCGUAGACCAACAUGUACCACUAUCAAAAGUUGCCUCCUUCUAAGAAGACUGGCCAUCACAGUAAGCUUCCACUUUAGUCCCUAUUCUAGACUUUGGACAGCAAAGAUGACUUCAGUAAACCUUCCCUUCACGGACCUACCUUUUCCCAUCAUUGCUGCUGUCCACGUGUUUGUCCUCUUGUUUUUAGCCCAAUCCAGAGCUGCCCAGGGGAAGGCAAUUAGAAAUUGCAAUUCCUUCUCAUGGUGGGUAGUGCUUGCUCAUUCAGAGAGAGCACAUGAACAAGCAAAUAAAGCAGAGGACCAGAGAGAUCCAAGAAUUUAUAACAGGCUCCUCACUUAAUCAGGGGCACAGAUGGGUGCCUUAAAGCGCCAUCUUCUGACACAAUUGCAAUUACACUUGUUUUUGAAAUGAAACUUUUAGAAACAGGCAAAGCUGCAGGGAUUGCUUUGAUGGAAGAGAUUCAUCUCUAUUGCUAAAUAGACUAACUUUCAGAUGAAAGAGUUUUGGGGGAGGGGGAGAAUGUUACAGUGUUUUCUGGAUUGUGCAUGUGGUAGAAAUCCAUGCUUAAAUCCCAAAAUCUCUGCAGAUGUGUAUCCUCCUGGAUGCAUUAAUCCUCACUAGUCUAUAACAUUAAAUAAUCCCUCAAGCCUACCUUUUAGUCCAUUGUCCAUCAGUCUUGCAUUGCAGAAAGGAAAAUACAUUCCUACUUUCCUUUGUGCAGAUUUGCACUUCUAUUUACACUGCGCAGAUCCUCGAUGAUGGCAAAUAUAUCCAGAAGGUAGCCAACCCAAAGCAGAAACCUAUAGCAAGCAGUGCAAAAUGUAUUAUUUGACUUGAUUUUCAUGUUGAGUAUUCCCAUCAGCAAAAAUGUAGAUGAGGUUGAGUGUAAUUUAAGAGAAAGGAAGCCAGAAGUUUAACUGGCAUUAGAUUAGUACUGAGUCCCCACACUCUCUGUUUUUGUCAGCCUUCCCAGGUAGACCAAACAGGAAACAUGACCCAGUGAGCUAA